GGAACAUGGUGGAGAGAACACAAUGAAACCUGGGCUUAGAAAAUAUGUCUGUGAUCUCACAUUGGACCUAAACACAGUAAACAGACUCAUCUCUCUGUCUGAGGAGAACAGAAAGGUGACAUGUAGGAGAGAGAAGCAGCCAUAUCCUGAUAACCCAGAGAGAUUUGAGGACUGUGAGCAGGUGCUGUGUAGAGAGGGUCUGACUGGGCGCUGUUACUGGGAGGUAGAGUGGAGUGGGAGAGGGGCUGAUAUUGGAGUGACAUACAAAGGAAUCAGCAGGAGAGGAAGGGGUGAUGACUGUUGUCUUGGAUACAAUGACAAGUCCUGGAGUCUGUUCUGCUAUGACAACAGUUACACUGCCUGGCACAAUAAUAAUCUCACUAUAGUAGACGUCCCCUCCUCCAGCUCCCACAGAGUAGGAGUGUAUCUGGACUGGCCAGCCGGCACUCUGUCCUUCUAUAGAGCCUCCUCUGACACACUGACCCACCUGUACACAUUCUACACCACAUUCACUGAGCCCCUCUAUCCAGGGUUUAGGGUUCAUUAUGAUGAAGACUCCUCAGUGUCCCUGUAAAUAAUAACCUGACACACACACACACACACACACAC